AACUGCAGCUACACUAUAUAAGGCGAGGCGCCGCGUCCAGCGAGCAAGCAAACCGUACCAGCCACGCAAGAAGAGCCAAUAAACUAGACGCGCAAAAGCCAAGCAAGCGUUGUCGUCUUCAUUUAUCCCGCCAAGUCCAGCUACCUUUGGGAUACAAAGAACAAGACCCGGUGAGAAAGAAAGAAAGAUUUGGUUUGCAAUCCGCGAAGCUUUCGGUUUGCAAAGCUCCAAGAAACCCUCCCAGCAAGAACAAAGGAGCAACCUGGGGAGGACGCCGCCUGCCAGCCCAAGACAAAAGGGAGCCCUGGUCGUCCCGGUCCGCUCCCCGAGGCCAUCGCUCGCCUUAGCGCUGCCCACCCAGUCCCCAGCUAUUAUGGUCAACAUGGAUGUGUGCGCCCUGGAUUGUGAGACGCUGCAGGGGCUGCUGAAGGACAGGUCCUUCCAGUGCCUGCUCCUGGACUGCCGGUCCUUUUUUUCCUUCAACUCCUCGCACGUCGGCGGCUCGCACAAUGUCCGCUUGAGCACCAUCGUCCGGCGGAGGGCCAAGGGGGCCAUGGGGCUGGAUCACAUCCUGCCCAACGAAGAAGUGCGCUCCCGUCUGCACAAGGGGCUUUAUCACGCCGUGGUGUUGCUGGACGAGCGCAGCGCCGACCUUGAGGCGCCCAAGAGAGACAGCACCCUCAUGCUGGCCCUCAACACCCUGUGCAGAGAAGCCCGCGACACCCGCAUCUGCUUCCUCAAGGGAGGAUACGAAGCCUUGCUGUCUACAUACCCUGAGUUGUGCUCAAAGCCGUCUGCUCCAAAGGGUCUGAGUCUGCCUCUCAGCACCAACCACAUGUCUGGCGGUGCAGAUUCAAACUGCAGCUCCUGCGGGACUCCUCUGUAUGAUCAGGGUGGUCCAGUGGAAAUCCUACCUUUCCUGUACUUGGGCAGUGCCUACCAUGCUUCCAGGAAAGAUAUGCUGGAUGCUUUGGGGAUCACAGCCUUGAUCAACGUCUCUGCCAACUGCCCAAACCAUUUUGAAGAGCACUAUCAGUACAAAAGCAUCCCUGUAGAGGAUAACCACAAGGCUGACAUCAGUUGCUGGUUUAAUGAAGCCAUCGACUUCAUUGAUUCUGUUAAAAAUGAUGGCGGACGAGUUUUUGUUCACUGUCAAGCUGGCAUCUCCCGCUCAGCAACCAUCUGCCUCGCUUACCUUAUGAGGACCAACCGAGUCAAACUGGACGAAGCCUUUGAGUUUGUCAAGCAGAGGAGAAGCAUCAUCUCCCCCAACUUCAGCUUCAUGGGACAGUUGCUGCAGUUUGAGUCUCAGGUCCUUGCUCCAAAUUGCUCAGCAGAGGCUGGAAGCCCUGCCAUGGCUGCAUUGGACAGAGGGGCUCCCACGACAACCGUCUUCAACUUUCCAGUCUCCAUCCCUGUCCAUCCUUCUGCCAAAGCACUAAGCUACCUUCAGAGCCCUAUCACCACUUCUCCAAGCUGCUGAAAGGCAGAAGCAAACUGACUCUCAAAACAAGAUUUGAUACUGUGGCUGUUAUCUCAAAAAGUGCAAUAACCCCGGGGGACAGUUAGCCUCUGCACACAUAGGUUUCUGCUCCUUUCAGCUGCAAAGCAAUACAGAGUCAUCAGGACAGAGCAGCAUAUCCAGAAAACGAGGUUCUUUUUGCUAGAUUUUGCUGAGAUGUGUGUUUGACCAACAUUUGGAUGCCUACAAAGGAGACAAAGCACAGUGAACAUUGCUUUUUACUCCUGAACUAUUCCUCUUAACAUUUUCUGUCUCUUUCUGUUUUGUCAGUCUGUGCUUUGAUAGCGAACCUUACAGUAUUCUCGUUCCUGGGUGUGCUAGGCUACAGUGACACUGUCCCCUUGUGUAAGGAAGUCUCAGUAUUUAUUUAUUUUUAUGCAGUGUUUGUGUGUGUGUGUGUGUGUUACCUUUAUAAGUCUUUCUUUUUCAAAAAAGAAAGAAAAACCAAAUACCUCAGUAUUUUUUGGGUACUGUAAUCUUGUAAAUAUCUCUUAAACUGUUCCCUAAGCACUGACAUUGAAAGCACAAAGGAGUGGUUGUGGCUGUGGUUGCCAAGAGUAGGAUGUUUGCUGAUUUAUUUAUGAUGUGAAAUAAUAUAUUUCUUCUUAUGAUGGAAGAUCUGGGUUUUUUGUUUAUAAUUAUGCCUUUUUAUACACAUGGAAUAAAUUAUGACAUUUCUAUUAAAAA